AUGGUUCUGCGACCAAGUUUCUGCGUCGCGGUACUGUACCGUUUAUUUUGUUGCAACACCGCUUUUACGAUUUGCAGAGAGCUCUCCGAGCUUUACAACUUAUUCUGCUCUCUCUCACAGAGCGGACUGCAGGGCAAUGCUCGUAGACCUCGCGGUCACAGUCAAUUACAAGACGAAGUUCUCGACAGUGAAUACGAACCCGAGGAGUCGAUCACCCCUUCUGGGCUUUCCGAUCAAGGAAGCGACGAAUUGUCACCCGACGAUGAAAUCCAGUCAACCACGCACAGGAAGAGAACCAUGAAGCCGAAUUCUAAGCCGGCGUGGGCGAAGAAGAAGAUACGGCAACCAAAUGAGAAUAUAGUGCCUAGGAUCACUGCACCGAUAGCAGACCCUUCACAACGACUACUUACAAAUGUCAGGCGACUUGAGUCGUCUAAGGAUACAAAGCUUCUCAAUAAAUGGCUGCAUGCGCUUCCCCAUCUGUCAGAGAUCGAAACGGUAAUACCGACCACAGACGCGCGUGUUGAAACCAUUCACCUCACGCCUCUUGGUCAGGCCGACGACAUGCCAGGCCGACAGUUUGCGUACAGUAUCGAACUUGUCGAUAUUGAAGUUACUUGGGACCCUUCAGAGGGCGAAGAUAGGGCUAUCAGUUCACUCAGCGCCAAACAGCAAAGGGACGCACUCUCGAAAUAUCGCAAGAUUAUCAAAACCUGGAAGGUUUAUGUCUGGAACACUGCACAUGCGCCAGACAAGCAGAAGCACCUUCGAAUAUUCCCGGAGAUCAAACCCAUGAAGACAAAGGCAUUCAUGGGCUGGCAAUCUAAUAUGAGGAAAUACGCAUCGAACCCUGAUAGGAACCCACGAGAACCAGCCGAUGGUGACAAAUGGUUCCGCACCGGUGGUCCUCUGGACAUCAACAUAUGCCCUACGAUAAUGGAGGCUUCCAAGGUCGCCACAGAGGCCUUUCGACUUCUUAAUAAGUACCCUCUCGAAAUUGCCGAGAGCGAAUUUGUCGAGUAUCAAGAUCUCUUUGUCAAUGUACGCUUCAGUACACGAGCCCUCAUCGAGCUACAGGCUUUGCUUGUUUUGGACCAUUUCGACUUUCGGAUCAUUCUGUAUCCUUUCAGAUUCCCGACGCAGAGAAACGGGUAUUACUGUCUCCAUCCUACACCUAACAAUGGGUUGUCGGCGAAAAGAAUUUCGGGCCGGCAACCGCUAAACUAUCAGGUCGCCUUUCCAGCUUUCGCCUCAAAUCCCAUCGAAAAUGGUCUUUGGCCCAUCCUCCAGAUCACAGACAAUGUAUUCACACAAGAGGAUAUAAGCGCUCUCCCAGAAGUAUCUAAGUGGUGGGGGUUCAAGUAUGGUGAGCCGACAAACAAGAAGUUAACCAAGGAGGAGAAGAGGAUUUCCAAAGCGCCUACGCCCUAG